AUGGAGACGCUGCCGGACGACGUGGUCCUGGAAAUCCUGGUACGCAUGCCGGAUGCCCCACACCUCUUCCGCUGCGCGGCGACGUGCAAGCGAUGGUGGUUCCUCGUAGCACAACCCUCCUUCCUCCUCGGCUUCUUCGCCGAGGAAUAUCGAUCACCUGAUCGACGGAGCUACAAAAUUAGGUAUGUGCCAUCCUUUAUUCCGGCGCCCUCGUCGCCCUUUCGGCCUCGCAGCCCCAUCGCGAGCUUCGCCGACGCCGGCGACUUACGGGAGCUGCCACUCGCCUCGCGCCGCGGCUUUCUUCUCGUGCAUCUCGUCGCGGGCCAUCACCUUCGGGACGCAUACAAAGAAUUCAACCUGGCCGUGUCCGACCCGCUCAGUGGCACGAGCCGCGUGCUACCCACGCUCAAGUGCGACAGGCUUUUCAGAAUCAAAGGUUGUGCUAUCCUAACCACUGCAGACCAUUGCUUCAAGGAACAACAACAGCAGCAGCAGCCGGUGUUAUCAACCUGCUCGGCCUUCUCUAAAGUGUUAAUAAUUGGCUUCGACAACGACAACCAACAGUACAGCAUCUCUAUGUUCUCGUCCGAUGAGUCGAGCUGGAGCGCGCCUGAAAACUGCUUCGACCCUUCGGAGCACAGCAUUCAGCUGGCGCCUUUACAGUUCAACGCGGUUGUGUGCCAAGGAGCGGCACACUGGCUCUUCAGGGACAAUUCAAACUUCUACACGCUGGACGCGAGCGUCGAGACGGGCCAUGCCACCUUGACGAAGCUCUCGGUCACACCGGGCCGCCUCGGCCGCAACUUUAGGGACGUGCCACGGCUAAGCGUCACCAACGGAGUGCUAUCGCUGCUCGCCUUGCAUAAAAAAUGCCUCAGUGUGCAGAUCUGGACAUGUCGAGGUGGCACAAGGAGCGGAGAUUGCACCAGAGAGUGGCGCCACACUAAGAUGAUCAAGCUAGAACGACCGGAACAAAAUCAUACCAAGAUAUUAGUGCAUUACAUGUGGGCAGGGGAGAGGAGCGGUGUAUUGCUUAUCAAGGCAAGCCCCUACUUCAAGCGGCGAUCAGGGCACUCCGCCUCCUCCACCGCCUCCUCCUCCGGCGAGUGA